UCUGCUCCACUCUCUACACCCAAAUUCCAGCUCCUCCCAUUUCGCCAAGUCUUUUUCAGAUUUAUGACUUGCCCAUCAUCUCAGUAGCGUUUCUUUUUUUUUUGGAGGGGGGGCGAAACAGUCUAACAGAGGAAAUACUACUCUGCCCAUCUUUGCUUUUUGGCUUCUUCUACUUGUUGUGACUUGCAUUGUCGCCGUUGGGUGAUUCUGCGUGCUUCCCAUCUUUCACUGAGCCACUCGUUGUUUAAAUAUGUAGGCUUUUUUGCUUACAUUUUCCUUUUCCCUUCCAGUUCGUUGUCUUUCUCAGUAAUGUUUAACGGUUUGUUUGUUUGUUGUUUGAUCUUGACUUUGUCCUGAUUCGGUUUGCAUUUUCCGCAAAUGGGUUUCAUUAUUUUUACAGUUUUUAAGAUUUGAAAAGCUCUAUUUACUGAGCUUCUCCAAAUGGUUGGUGUGAGCAGUGAUUGCUUUCUUUCAUGCUUUUAGCUAUGCAAUUUGCUGAACUUGCUACAUUCUCUCUUUUAAGUAUCUGAGAGCGGUCUCCGUCUAAGAAGGAAAUGCAGGCAAUCUGUUUGAUAACAUUACUUUUGGUAGUGAUUGCAUGUGGUCAAUCAGAUUUUGAAGCACUCUUGGAGCUCAAGAAGGGCAUUGUCAAAGACUCUUCUGGGCAAGUUCUUGUUUCAUGGGAUUCUAAGUCCAUGGAUUCUAGUGGGUGCCCUCGAAAUUGGUAUGGCAUUACUUGUACUCAUGGCCAUGUAACAUCAAUUACUGUAAAUGAUGUUGGUCUGGUCGGUGACUUUAUGUUAUCAGCUAUUACAGGCCUUACUAUGCUUAGCAACUUGUCAGUUUCGAACAACCAGCUUACAGGGACUAUCUACAAUAUUGGUUUAAUUCAAUCCCUUCAAUAUUUGGAUCUCUCACGCAACCUGUUUCAUGGGUUGAUACCCCCUGGAUUGGUGAAUUUGAAGAAUUUAGUGCAUUUGAAUCUUUCUUCAAACCAAUUUGAAGGCAUUGUUCCUGCUGGUUUCGGCAAACUACAGAAGUUAAAGAAUUUAGAUUUUCGGGGAAAUGGCUUCUCUGGGGAUAUUAUGCGUCUUCUGUCUCAAAUAGGCAGUGUGGUUCACGUCGACCUAAGCAGCAACCAGUUUUCUGGUUCACUGGAUCUGGGACUUGGAAGCCCGUCUUUCAUUUCCUCGAUUCAGUAUUUAAAUAUUAGCCGCAAUUCCUUGGUUGGAGAGCCCUUUGCUCAUGAUGGAAUGCCAUAUUUUGACAGUUUAGAGGUGCUGGAUUCUAGUAAUAAUCAGCUGGUGGGUACUGUACCACCUUCCUUUAAUUUCAUGGUCUCUCUGCGGAUUCUGCGGCUUGGAAGUAACCAGUUAACAGGGCCUCUACCUGAAGCUCUUUUGCAGGAGAGUUCAAUGAUCUUAUCUGAAUUGGAUCUUAGUCUUAACCACCUCAAAGGUCCAGUAGGAAGUAUCACCUCCGCAAAUUUAAAGAAGCUUAAUCUAUCUUCAAAUAAACUGUCGGGAUCCUUGCCUGCUGAGAUAGGGCAUUGUACCAUCAUAGAUCUGAGUAAUAAUAUGCUUUCAGGUAAUGUGUCAAGAAUCCAGAGUUGGGGGAAUUAUGUUGAAGUCAUUGAGUUAAGUUCAAACUCACUCACAGGAAGCUUACCAAACCAAACUUCUCAAUUCUUGAGGCUGACUUCACUUAAGAUAUCCAAAAAUUCGUUAGUGGGUGCUCUCCCACCGGUAUUGGGUACAUACCCAGAACUACAAGUGAUAGAUCUUAGCCUCAACCAGCUUAAUGGGGUCCUCCUUCCAAGCCUUUUCACCUCAACCCAUCUGGCUAACCUUAAGCUUUCAGGCAACAAUUUAUCUGGGUCAAUACCUCUUCAAGAAAUUGGAAAUAUUACUUCAAUAGCUUCUGUGGAAGAUUUGAGCCUGGUGUCUCUUGAUCUGUCCAAUAACUCGUUGAGUGGCCAUUUUCCCCCAGGGAUAAGUAAGUUUCAUAACUUGGUAUAUGUUGACCUAUCAAACAACAAUUUAGAUGGUAGCAUCCCCAAUGAUCUUCCAGAUAAGUUGAAAGGAUUCAAUGUGUCUUUUAAUAAUUUCUCUGGCGUUGUACCUGAAAACUUAAGGCAGUUCCCUGAUUCAGCAUUUCAUCCCGGAAAUUCUUUUCUCAUUUUUCAUUAUUCACCAUCAUCUCCAAAAGAUAUUCCCCAGCUGAACCCAAGAGAUCACAGGUCUCGUAUGACAAAUUCUAUUAGAAUUGCCCUGAUCGCAGGUUUGGUUGGUGGCACUGCUGUGAUAUCUCUUAUGUGCAUAUUGAUCUAUUAUAGAACCCACUUGCAGGAAUAUAGUAGUAGUUCAAUAGGAAAUGAUGCUAAAAAGGGUGUUGCAGAAGGGAGUUCUUCCAUUUCUCGUAGACUGGGACCCAACAAAAAUGUGGACCCAUCAUUAUCUUCAUUUACAUUUGAUCAAGAUAUUUUUCCAUCAUCUCAAAUGGGAUCUGCAGAUGAUGCUGGGGACACUUCAUCAGUUGUAAGGAUGCCCAGGGAUCUUGGCCAUCCAGAAUCAGUAACAAUAGGGAAAGGAAUAUCUUCUCCUAUGGCCCUCUUGUCAUCUUCAAAUCCAUCACCUUCUAAAAACCAACAACUACCUGGUAAUCCUGGUGUGCCAAAAGUUGGUUCUCCAGAGAAAUUGGCUGGGCAUUUACAUCUGUUUGAUGGUCCCUUUCUGUUCACAGCAGAAGAACUUUCACAUGCUCCAGCUGAGGUCAUUGGAAAGAGUUGUCAUGGAACAUUGUACAAAGCUACACUUGACUCUGGCCAUAUAUUGGCUGUUAAAUGGUUAAGGGAGGGAAUAGUGAAAGGAAGGAAUGAAUUUGCAAGGGAAGUAAAGAAACUUGGGAACAUCAAACAUCCAAAUUUAGUUUCUCUGCAGGGUUACUACUGGGGCCCAAAGGAGCAUGAGAAACUGAUUAUAUCGAAUUAUUUCAAUGCACAACCUCUGGCACUCUAUCUUCAUGAUAUGGAGCCAAGAAAAGUGCCACCCUUGUCUCUUGGAGAACGAAUUAGGGUUGCUGUAGAAGUUGCUCGAUGUCUGAACUACCUUCACAAUGAGAAGGCUAUUCCCCAUGGAAAUCUCAAAUCUACAAACAUUUUGUUAGAAAAUCCUAAUCCAAAUGUGCUCCUCACUGAUUAUAGUCUACACCGCUUAUUAACUCCAUCUGGGACAGCUGAGCAAGUACUGAAUGCAGGUGCCCUUGGCUAUACACCUCCUGAGUUUGCUAGCUCAAGUAAACCGUCCCCAUCGUUGAAGAGCGACGUCUAUGCAUUUGGAGUUAUCUUGUUAGAGCUUCUAACUGGUAAAAGCUCCGGGGAGAUCAUUUCCGGGAUCCCAGGUGUGGUUGAUCUAACUGACUGGGUGAGAUUUUGGGUAGGAGAGAAUCGCUCCAGUGAGUGUUUUGACAGGCUGAUUCUGAACAGGCAGAGAGUGGAGCACCCUCCCAGAGCUCUUGAUCACAUGCUUCAGGUUGCCCUAACAUGCAUCCUUCCGGCAUCCGAAAGGCCUGACAUGUCAACUGUUUUUGAAGAUCUUUCAAGGAUAGUGUAGCAAAAGAUAUCACCAAGUAGAAACAAGCUCUAACUCUAGUUGUUGCCACUAACACCAUUUGUUGGUUCUUUUCAUUCCUAAACUGAUUUUCUUUUCUACUGUCUUCUUUAGUUGUUUAACCUUUUUUUGUCAAUUAAUCCUGUGAAUGACAAUCUAGAUAGAUAUUGUAACAGCUUGAGGGUAGGAAAUAAAGUUCUUUGUAGAUGGGAGAAAUUAGUCAUUUGGGAAUGUAAUUUAACUCUGAAUUCUUGGUGCUAUUUGAUAAAUUAAAUCACCUUGCAAGAGGUUUUG